AAUUUCUUUUUCUGGUAACGAUGCAAGACUUGGUUUUAUUGUCAUCUUUCAUAUUAAAUGGAAUCAACUUUGAUAGCUUUAUCGGAUAACAAGUGUAAGAGAGAGAAAUGUAACAAUUUAGCACGAUAUACACCCAUUUAGAUCAGUCUUCAAUCAGGCCAUUUCGAAACCAUCAUAAUUAGAAGUUAUCAUUUUCCAGCGUCUCAUCUUCUCAUCAAUUUUGAGCAAUCAUUAUUUCAACUCAUUGUUCAAAAUUAGACUUUGAUUCCUUGCCAUGUGAUCCAUUCAUUUUAAUUUUCUCCACAUUAAAAUUACCUUGAGAGGCACUUGCCUAAGUCUAAUCAUGCUUUGAUUGCUUCAAAGAGAGUCUAGUCAGACCUUAUAUGUUUCAAAUCAAACAAAUUGUGAGAGCUUCUGAAAGGAAGAGAAAAUUACUAGUAUUAAAACAAAAGAACAGGUAAACGAAAAAAAGAGUUGGAAAGAGAAGAGAUUAUAGAAAAAGUAUUAGGAAAAAACCAGAGGAAAAACAAGAAAAGAGAGAAAGAGAGAGAAGUAAAAUAUUAGCCAAAUUACCAGCCAAAAGGCUUAUAUCUUGUGACCAAUCAUCAGUUUCAGUUGUUUUCUUCUUACCAAUAAGUUAAUAUUUUUUCAUUGUUUGCUUUAUUCUUGUAUUUCAACCAAAGUGAAAACAUGUCCAGCAUUGCAGAAAAGUGUCCCAUGAUUGUGAUUCCAGAUGAUUUUCCUGGCCAUCCAAUUGAACUUUUUUGUGUUUCUAACAGUAUCAAAGAAGAUUUGGAAAGUGUUUUGAUACCUGGAGGUAUGAUUCAUGAUAGAAUCGAGAUGUUGGCCUGUAACAUUGCUGCUGAUCUUAAAUAUGAGCCAUUCACAGUGCUAUGUGUCCUUAAAGGAGGUUAUCAGUUUUUUGGUGAGCUAUUGGACAAGUUAAGACAACUGUAUCGAUUUACAUCGUUUGCAGAGACCAUCAAGCCAUCUUUAACCAACAUUACCAAUGGAAGUUCUCACAACCACCAUACUGGUAAUUUCGCUCAGCGUAUAGACAUAGAAUUCAUUCGAUUGAAAAGCUAUGUUAAUGAUGGUUCCUCCGGCCAAAUAUCAAUAGUAGGAAUGGAAACAUUGAGAGCACUGAAGGGUAAACGAGUCCUGGUGGUGGAAGAUAUAAUAGAUACUGGGUUGUCCAUGUUCCAUCUCGUUAAACUCCUCAAAGAAGCUGGUGUGGCUGAAUUCCGAGUUGCAUCAUUAUUUGUUAAACGUAAUCCCGUUAAUACUUUCAUUCCUGAUUACGCCGGUUUUGAAUUACCCAACAAGUUUGUGGUCGGUUUUAAUCUUGAUUAUAAUGAGUACUUUCGGGAUCUUAACCAUGUUUGUGUCAUCAGCGAUAAGGGGAAAAAGAAGUACGCAGAAAAAAAGUGAGAUAAUAAAAUUGCCGAGUACCAACAGGUUUCACUGGGAUGAAAACAAUGCAUUAGAAAAAUUCUGUCACCCACUUGUCAGGUACUAUUUUUCACCUUAUCAUGCAAAUAAUUUAAUUAAUGAUACCACAUAAUGAAAGCCAAUUGUGAUGAUGAUGGAUAGCCAACGUCAUUUGUAACAACAUGUAAAGAAAAUCACAAAAAAACAAGUUAAUCAAAUAAGCCUCUCUUGUAAUAUUUUCAAAGAAAAAUAAAACAAAAAAUAAACAUGUUACUUACUUUUUUUGUCUCAAGACACCCAGAGUGGUAACCAUUUUACUUUAAUCACUAUAAAUAUCAAAAAAAAUGUCUAAAUAAUUAAUCCAUUGAAUUUAAUUAAAAGUGAAAUCAAAUU